CACGAACAUAACCUCAUUUUACUGUUUACUUAUAAAUAGAAAAUUCUCUAAAAAAAAAUAAAUUUUCCUAAUUUUUGAUAAGAAAAAAUGCCUCUAAUUGUCCUGUGCGGCAUCCCAAGUAGUGGGAAAACAACAAGAGCGGAAGAAUUAGAGAAAUUCUUCAGAGAUGAGAAAAAUAUCGCAGUUCACCGUGUCUCGGAAAAUAAAUGCUGCAGAGCUCAUAAAUUCCUGAAAAAUGAGCUCUUCUCGGACUCCCAAAAGGAGAAAAUCAUCCGGUCAUCUCUGAAAUCUGAGGUGGGACGUUUGCAGAAUGCGAAAGAUGUUGUGAUAUUGGAUGCAGGGAACUACAUCAAAGGAUAUCGUUAUGAGUUGUAUUGCCAGGCAAAGGGAAGUCGCGUAACCCAAUGCAUAAUCCUGUGCAAUUUGCCAUUGGAGGAAGCGAAAGAGUUCAACAGAAAACGGUCAGUGGUCGAGGAAAAACUUCCAGAAUCCUCAGAGCCAAGUGACAAUUCCGAUGUUCAAUAUACAGAGGCUGUUUUCGAUGCACUCUGCCAGAGAUUUGAAGAGCCUCAAGGAACCAAUCGCUGGGAUUCUCCGCUCUUUGUCGUCCUUCCAGAUCAGCAGCUCGACUUUGAUGGGAUCUACAAGUCCCUAUUCGAAAACAAAUUGCCCACUCCCAAUCAAUCAACACAAAAUGCUCCAGUCUGUCCGGCAAACUAUCUCUAUGAAUUGGACCAGAUAAGUCGGGGAAUUGUCAUGGACAUUAUCGCAGCGAGAAAGUAUAAUUCAGGAUCAAUCUCACUUCCGCGAUACCAAAAAGGUCCUGACCACUUAUCUGUGAAUAUUCCCCCGGAAAUUGGUGUGGCUGACUUGCGACGCGUACGUCAAUUGUUCCUCAACUACAUUAAAUUGCAAUCAUCGCCCCCAUCAUUGGACACCCUGCCACAACUUUUUGUUCAUUACAUCAACUCUAAUUACAACGUAAGUUAAAUUAAAUUUUUGUGAAAGAUAUUUUUUGAGAAAAUGGACGCGAAAAAAAAUCACACUCUUCUUAAUAACUAAAUUAAUUUUAAAAAUUGA